AUCCCAGCGGCGGGUGUGAGAGUCGGUGUGGAGCAGCUUCUGGGAUCCUGAGGAGCCGCAGCCGGAGUCGGAGUGGCGAGCUCCUCAAGAGUUACUGAUCCAUGAAAUGGCAGAGAAUGGAAAAAAUUGUGACCAGAGACGUGUAGCAAUGAACAAGGAACAGCAUAAUGGAAAUUUUACAGAUCCCUCAACAGUGAAUGAAAAGAAGAGGAGGGAUCGAGAAGAAAGACAAAAUAUUGUCCUAUGGAGACAGCCACUCAUUACCUUGCAGUAUUUUUCUUUGGAAACUCUUGUAAUCUUGAAGGAAUGGACCUCAAAAUUAUGGCAUCGUCAAAGCCUUGUGGUGUCUUUUUUACUGCUGCUUGCUGUGCUCAUAGCUACGUAUUAUGUUGAAGGAGCACAUCAACAGUAUGUGCAACGUAUAGAGAAACAGUUCCUUUUGUAUGCCUAUUGGAUAGGCUUGGGGAUUUUGUCCUCUGUUGGGCUUGGAACAGGGCUGCAUACCUUUCUGCUUUAUCUGGGUCCACACAUAGCUUCAGUUACAUUAGCUGCUUAUGAAUGCAACUCAGUCAAUUUUCCUGAGCCACCCUAUCCUGAUCAGAUUAUCUGUCCAGAUGAAGAGGGCACUGAAGGAGCCAUUUCUUUGUGGAGUAUCAUCUCAAAAGUUAGAAUUGAGGCCUGUAUGUGGGGUAUCGGUACAGCGAUUGGAGAGCUACCUCCAUAUUUCAUGGCCAGGGCAGCUCGCCUCUCAGGUGCUGAACCAGACGAUGAGGAAUAUCAGGAAUUUGAAGAGAUGCUGGAAAAUGGAGAGACUCCACAAGAUUUUGCUUCACGGGCUAAACUGGCAGUUCAAAAUCUAGUACAAAAAGUUGGAUUUUUUGGGAUUUUGGCAUGUGCUUCAAUUCCAAAUCCUCUGUUUGAUCUGGCUGGAAUAACAUGUGGACACUUUCUUGUACCUUUUUGGACCUUCUUUGGUGCAACCCUGAUUGGAAAAGCAAUAAUUAAAAUGCAUAUCCAGUAUCUAUCUCUCCUGCCUUUCUUCCCAAAUGUAUCCUUUCCUGGGCUACUGUGCCCUGCCUCCAGUGCUGUCCCGGGCAUCGGUCCUUCUCUGCAGAAGCCAUUCCAGGAAUACCUGGAGGCUCAGCGCCAGAAGCUUCACCACAAAAGAGAUGUGGGCACCCCACAGGGAGAAAACUGGUUAUCCUGGAUGUUUGAGAAAUUGGUCGUGGUGAUGGUGUGUUACUUUAUCCUGUCUAUCAUUAACUCAAUGGCACAAAGUUAUGCCAAACGAAUCCAACAGCGGUUGAACUCAGAGGAGAAAACAAAAUAAGCAGAGAAGGCUUUUAACUGCAGAAAUUAGGAUGAGUAGGUUAUGGAAUGACCCAUAACCAGGAAGAAAAAUUCUCUUUUCCAACCUGUAUCAAUUUUAAAAACAUUUUUCCUGAAAGCAGUUUUAAGUUCAUAUUUUGCACUGACAUACUUUUCCUUUAUGUGUUAAGGUAAGGUAUCAACCCUCAAUUCAAUCCACAUUUUUUUUAAAUUAGGGUGAAUGUGAUGUUCAGCCACAAACUUAACAGAAACUGGCCUUCUGUAUUACUUUCAAAAGGCCUACUUGGUACAAUUGGAGAAUACUAUGUUAAAUAUGUCAAGCUUUUUAGGCUUGUCUCUGAUUUGUUUUUUUCUAAGUCAUCAAAAUGUAUAUAAAUUAUAUAUAGAUUGGAUAUCAGUCUUGCAUGCCUAUCAUGGUACAAUUUAAUAUACCAUCCUACCCAAACUCCUCUCCCACCCUGGAAAAAAAAAAAGGCCAUUUUAUGAUGCAUUACACACCCUCUGGGAGAUUAAUCUUUAAAUUUUAAAACAGUAUAAGAAAAAUCUGUUUGGUGUCUCACAAGUGAGUACACCAUUUUUUAUUCUGUAUAUUUAGAAUGAAGUCAUGAAAAAAAAAACUUUAUAAAGACAUCUUUGAUCAUUCCAAAA